AUGAAGCUAAUCGUUUAUAACUUAAAAGAUUAUAAAGAUUGCAUAGAAGUAAAAUAUGUACAAGAGGAAAAUGUUGUAGAUGUUCUGGACCAGGAGGAAAAUGUAAUUGUGAAUUACUCUAGGAAAUUUUAUAACAAAUUACUUGUUAUAUUAAACAUAUUUUUAUGGCUUAAAAAACUAUUGAACAUAGAAGAAAUAAUGAUAUCUACAUUAAAUGAAAUUUAAUCAAACUAUUAUUUACUAAUUUAUAAUAUUUACCUAAAGAAUAUCCUUUUUUUUUUGUAUGUUGAAUAAGUAGUUGUUCUAUUAAAAAUUAUUAAAUUAGAUUGUUUAGAUUAGCUUUUUAAAUAAAAUCUGAUUGAUGAAUUUGUUAUUUCUGUUUUAGGGAAAUGUCCAUUUACAGAAACAAGUUUAUUGCUAAAACUAUAUGAUUUUAACUUAUAAUAUGAUACAAAAAUCUUUAAUGUUUGA